AGAAUUUGUGCCAGGUGUGUGAACCAGCUCGGUGACCCCUGUGGACUUUACUUUCGGGUGAUGAUGAAAUACCGCAAACACGCUCCCAAAAAGAAACGCCACACCCAGCCCCGCUUUUACUUUCCAGCAGAUGCUCUCUCAGACGGGACAGCCAGGUCCACUGUGCCUCUCUCGCCAGCCGUGUGAGUGGGAGGGCGCGCUUGUCUGGCAGACACUGUCUCGGAAUAGAGCGAGGAUGGAGGCAGCGCGCCGCCGUCUCUCCCUUUCGUUUUCCACCCGCACACGCUGCCUUCUCGGGGCGCACUUGCGCAACAGCAGGCAGCGCCGCGGAAAGUCUCAUUUUCUUUCUCACCUCGUGAACACGCAGCGAAGGAGGGGGGCGUGUGUGAGGAGGCGAGAGGGAAAUCCAUGACUUCCGCGUUUUUCCUCCGUGUCUGAAACUAAGUUCAUAGUAGGGUAUAAAAGGCCGCCAUGGUCCUCAGAGUCGCGACAUUCACCUGAAGCCGCGGACCGGGCUGUGGGACAAUAAGAGGACUAUAUCUCGCGGAGGUCAAACACCUGGAGCAACUUUGCACUUGAAGCCUUUGACAGCUGGACGGCGGCGAGUCACCCUCCGGACAUCAGAGUACAGAAAUGGAUGUUGAGUCUCUUCAGAAGAGCGGUCGCCGGCGGAGCGGCUGCCUGGACGCCUUUGUCAUCGCGUCCAUCACGUUCCUGUUCGUGGCGGUGGCAGCCGUGGCUGUCGUCGGGACGAUGGCUGUGAUGGAGCUCAGGUCCAAACUGGACUCCCCGACUCAGUUCAAGCAGGUUGGGACGUUACAUCCGACAGGAGACUCACCAAGUUCAGGAUACAAGAUGCAGAACUUUGUCUACCUACAAGCCGCCUCAGGCAAGGUAACCAACUUCACCAUGCCCUGGGCUCGAGUAGACUACGGUGCUGGCGACUCUGUGGGAAGCAACUUUGUGUUUGACAGUGAUCAGCACUCUCUGAAGCCCCGAAAGGCGGGGAGUUACUUCAUAUACAUUGAUCUCAACCUCACCUGCACCUUCAGGUGCAAGGCGGGCCUCCUCAGAGUAAUGGUGGGUGAUAAGCUCACCUGUGAAGUGGAGCUUCCUGAGAAGGCUGAUGAAAUACCUGUGAGCAAGAAGUGCUGGACGGUGAGCCUGGUACAGGACCAGGGACUGGUUACUAAGAUGACUGUACCAGAGGGACUGCAGAACUGGAGAUUGGAGAUGAACAGCUCAGGGUUGGGGAUGUUUCAUGUGGACUAAUGUGGACCCUGUCACGCCACUGCUUCCAUGAGGAGGCAGAUCAGCCCUUGAACUUGUGGGUCGCCACCGAAAAGCAGCAGCGGCCAAGUUAAAGCUAUUACGGAGGUUCCUGCAAGCUGAAGAUGGAAGACGACGAAGCUCAGCGGGAUUUUAAAGUGGAGUCUGAGGAGAAGUUGCAUUUGUUGACGAUGCAAACCGCAUACCAAAAAGACAAGACACUCACCUCCUUCUGUAUAAAUAUGUAUGUACUAUAUGUUGCUAUGUAUGAUAUAUUUAUUUACUGAAACUGAACUAUUUAUAUUCUAUUUAUGAUAAUGUGUAUUUUGAUGUAGCUAUCACUACAUUAGUGUUGAUGUGCAAUAUAUGGCAAGUUCAAUCAGCCCACAUUGUGUUGAAUACAAUUUUACUAUAGCUCUGUUUUCAUUUUAUAAAUGGCUCAGGGCCUAAAGUCCAGGCUUACAAAAAUGUGUGAUCUCAAUUCUGCUCCAAAACUGCAACAAGCUCGACAGGGACCUCUUUUAGUCCUCUUGAUUAAACAACAACUGUACGUAAGUUGAAUCUUUCCAGAUUAUUCGAGAAGGACUGAAAUGUCUUUAAUAUGUGGACACAUAUGUAAGUCCUAUGGACGAACUACACAUUGUUGAAUGUAUUUCAUUGUAAUCCAUAUUAAACAUGGAUUCUGUGAGCACUGAGA